CUGGGCCCACAGAGAUGCCAGGCAGCGCCAUGGCAGGGACGGCCCAAGGCCGUGCCAGCCCCGAGCGACGGGUUCUGGUGUUGCUAACAGCCCAAGCGAUGGGUUCCAAGGUCAUCAAGGAAGGAACCGAGGGGCCUCCAAGCGAUGACUGUGGUGUCACCUGCCCUGACUGUUCAUACCUGGGCACGGAUCGACCCAGCCAGCCUGCGCACGGACUCCGGCCAAGCGGGACGCGAGGUGCGGCGUGCCAGGCCUCGGAGCUGGCAGUGAGCUGAGAGUUGGUCACAGCACUCGGUCAUUCACUCCAGAGCCACGCGAGGACAUUCCCCGGCCAUGCCAGGAGCACGCAGACGGGGCUUGAGGAAGGUGCGCUCACGGCAGCCAAGCAUGGAGGGCACAGCUGCAGAAGCAGCAAGGGGGAGUGGCUCACCAUCCCAAGUGCCCCCCAGCCCACUGCAGUGCAGGGACAGCAUGGAAAAAGAGGUGGAGGACCACUGUCCCAUCUGUCUGGACAGCUGGAGGGAGUCCAGCUUUGUGAUGCCGCGCCUGCACUGCUUCUGCUACGCCUGCAUCCUGCAGUGGGCCGACAACAAAACCCAGUGCCCCUUGUGCAAGGAGAAGAUGAUCUCCAUCCUGCACUCACUGCGAGCAGAUGAUGAUUUUGAGGAGCAUGCCAUCACUCCACCCAUGACACCACCAGUAGUCUUCCCAGCAAGAAGAGCUCACAGAGAGCCAGAUGCUCCCAACCUCCAUUGCCCUGGAGCACAUCAACAGUGGGUGACAGCGGGAGACAUCAAGCGUUUUGUGGGUGGCUUCCAGCUCCCAAACUGGAUGAGCUGUUUCUCUGCCAACUCAGCAAUACAACAGACUCUGCACUCAUGGUUCUGUCAGAGCUUGGAGAUGCUGUUUGAAACAGCAACAUCCAGGGCCCAGCACACACACAUCCCUGAGCAGCAGGGUUGCAGGGAGGACCGCCACCUGCCACACCAGAGGGACACCCAUGGUGCCACAGGGCAGGAGGACAGCUCUUCAUCUCUUACCCCUGAUCCAGCAAGAUCCAGUGUGGAUGAGAUGCCUAGCACCUCAUCUAGUGCCAUUGGAUGGGGUACAAGUACACACCCCUCUGCUUCCACUACCAUCCAUGAGGAACAAGAGCCCCAGGAGGAACCAGAAAGGUUGUGCCCAGGCCCUCCUAAUUUCAUUAGGGACAGUGAUCCUUCAGCUGGGGAACCACGGCAACCAUGAAAAAGGAGGGCCAGCAGCACCAAAGGCUUUUCAGCUCGCAAGAGGCCACGUCACUGAGACUAGAGGGUGCCUCAUAAAUAAGUUUCAGUUCCUGCCAAGGAGCCAUUAUUGGAAUCACAGAAUAUGCUGAUCCAUCACAAUCAUUGAGCCCAAUUCCUGGCCCUGUGGAGGAGACCCCAAGAAUUCUACCAUGUGCCCAGCAGCGUUGUUAAAAUGCUUCUUUAACUCAGACAGGCUCAAUGCUAUGACUUGUUCCAGUCAUCAACCACCCUCUGGGUGAAAACCAUUUUUCCUGAUAUCCAACCUAAACUUCCGCCACAGCUUCACAUCAUUUCCUUGAGUGCUGCUACUGGUUGCAAGAAUGAAGAGAUUAGUACCUGCCCCUUUGCUUCUCCUCAUUAGGAUGUUGAAGAUCACAAUGAAGUCUUGCCUCAGUCUCCUCAAGACUGAAUAAUAGUUAUAUAUAGUUAGGCAUAUAUAUACACACAGAUAGAUAGAUUGAUAGUUAUAGUUACAUAGUAACAUAUUCACACACUUUUCAAAAUAAAUGAGUUUGUCUUCCAAAAAGUGGUAAUUGGAGUAUUUUCUAGGUUCAUGUAAUGCAUAUGAAAGUACAAACAGAAGCAUUUGCCACCUCUUUUCAUCCUUCUUUCACCACUGAACAAAAGACAGCACACAUAUUUAAACAAAAGACACAAAAUAUCAAUAUACAAGAGGGUCUCCCCUCCCUGACAGAACCCCUUUGCUCUUUAUUUUUCCCAGAGCUAUGUAGUUCACCAAGCAGCCUCUGCCAAAACCCUUGAGGACACUGAGUAAGACUUCCAAAAAGGCAAAGUAAGGAGGAUCUAAAGCAUCAGUACUUAUCUGCAAAGCAACCUGCUAACUGAGCUUUACAGAUUGGUCUCUACUCACAAUUGCACUUCAAAGCAGCCUUUCCCCCACAUCCCUUUUCUGCUAUGGUAAGACAAGACAAAGAUCUGCAUCACUCGGCUCCUGGUCCCUGUGGGUACCACUGUGGCACGUGCUCUCUGAACAUUAAAGCACUAACUAGUUUCACACAUUUCUUGCAGAGUUUCACCAGAAAUGCCAUUUAGGUAGCUAUCAGAUAGGAAAGAAUAACCAGAAUUUAUUGGUUUUCUUCCUCGGCGUACUACAGCUGGUCACAUGAGAGAAGUGCUCCUUCCAGUACAGCCUAGACUGGGCACAAAUCUGUUCAUGGAUGCACUGAAAAGACCAACUUCACUCUAGGAACAAAAAACCCCAGAUAAAAUCAGAAGAUUUUAUUUAAAAUCAGACGUGCAUGGUGUUGGGGGACACAGAGCAGCCACUGCCAUACCCCAAAGCCAACACUGGCUGAUGUUAGUGAGGCUCCUGCCUUCACAUGCAUCAGUGGGUUAUUUUAAAAGAAAAGAGACAGGUUUGUGGUGAUGUUGCCCUUGGCUUUCCAGGAUGUUGUUUAUUUGUUUUUCUAAAUAAUUUAGCAAGUUAUGCCUCCAUGUAACAUAUGAAGGUGAUUUGAUGUGGUAAUUACCUAUUACAUUUGACAAGGUAAUUAAUGUAGCAAAAUACCACUGUACAAUGUGUAAAUGUAGUUUACCAUCAUUAAAAUAUGUGUCUGCUUAGCAAAGCUGUUCUGCUCGUAUAAAGAAGAAAGGGAUGGAAACCUCUCAACAGUGCACAUUCUGUUAUCUGAAGAGUAUAGAGACUCACCUUCAUCUUCAACUAUGCUCCAGAGAACUCUAAAAACUAAUAAAAUUGGCAGCAUCUUCCAGGAGCAGCAGAGAACUAUGUAGAUAUCUUUAACACCUCAGCUAGAAAUGCCUGAGACUUUGAUGUCAACGUUUGUUUACAGCUCAAGAAUAAAAUAUCCUUGAAAACCAAUUUCUUUUAAAAAAUUCCCCUCUAACAUGUCAGGUAUAUCAACCUGUAGUGAAGGGUUGCAUUGCUCUUGGAAAAUGAAAACCAACAGCAUCACUGAGAUGCUCAGAAAUUUUCAAUCGUUUUCAAUGCUCUGAUGACUUUGUCUCUACAUGAAGCCAUCUGAGCAUGCAGUGACGUACAGGAGAAGUCAAAGAUGCAUUUACAGAGCUAAAGACAACCUAACAGGAACAAAGUAAAUAUUGUAAAUAUUAUUAGCAUUAAAUAGCAAAAAUUACUCCCAAGUACAGAAUAUAUUCAGAUUGUGUACUUGGGUCUAUAGAAAAUAAAAAUACAUUUUUGACUGAAAUGCUCAAAACCAAACAAAAACCCUUCACUGGUUACACCCAAACCUUCCCUGAGUUAACAAGCAGCAGGAUUAGCACCUGCUUCCAGCUUGGACUUCCAAUACUGCUGUUUUCACCUUAGAAUGCCUUAAAUAGUUUCUGGUUUGAAAUAAUCCUGAAGACAAUGUACAUCUGUUUGCACAGACAGACUAACAAAGAAUGAGAAAACAACACAAGCACCCACAUAUCAAAUACAAGUGAUUUAGAAGCAAAGGUAUCCAAUCUGUGAUGCCAUAUUUAAGAGUUUCCUAUCCUUAUUUUAGGGACAGUAUCCUUAGUAACCUUUUAAGAAGAAAAAAUACUCUUUUCUGAAAUCAUCUUCAUUGCCAAAGGAACCCUUGCAAACACAGCAAGGAUUUGCUGGCUGAAAGUAUUUUUAAGUAGCUCUGCCUCUGCACUAGAGGUAUUUCCAUAGCAGUAACCACUACAUACAUCAGGAAAACUCUUCAAUCCUCCCAAACAAAAAUGAAGGCUUUCAUGAUGACUACCAAGGAAUACCCAAGCUAAUCAAAUCUCCUCCCACCCUUAAUUCACAGAAAUUUAGAAAAGUACUUUCAGAGGAAGAAGGUCCCCAAAGAAACCUUUAGGAAAACAUUAAUUAACCAGAUGCAACCCAC